AAUGAGAUGGCCUGUAAGCAUCAGAUGUCAAUAAACUCCAUAUCAACAUAAUUGCUUAAAGUGAUAACAAUGUCGGCCAAAAUUGUUAAAUGGAGUCCACCCCAACCAAAACGUCGUCCAUCAGCUGUCUUCCACUGUCUUUACACAGUCACACCACCGCUUCCCUCAUCCAUCAUUUACACGAAGCAGCACACUCCUGUCCUCUCCACCGCUUCCCCCAAUCGUCGUGAAACACAUAUAUCUACCAACAGAAAUUUACUGCUAGCUUCCAUUCCAAAAUCAUUUUUGAUUUGUAUAAUGGUGUUCCAUGAAAUGCCUUCAAGGAUCGUGAUUUACAUAUGGCCAUUGUUAUCAUCUUAUCAACUAAUUGGAAGCGAGGACGGUGGUAUUCAAUUUACAGAGGUGCAGCCAGUAUCAGAGGGGCAAAACCGGCCAGUGGCGGUGCGUUCGUUACACGUAGGGUUAUCAAAUACCACCGCUGCGAUGAAAAGCUCUACUACUGCUCCGCCGGUGUUCUUGAUCAAUUGUCUUCCCCUGUCUUCCAGGCUAAAAGGAGUGGAAAUCGAUAAGAGACUCGCCACCAGUCGCCACCCUCGCCAAACACCGCCCCCUGCCAUGCGCCAAGGGGAGCGCCAACCUAGCCUCGCCAGUGGAGUAACGAGAAGAGAGAGAAGGCCUUGGACGAUUUUGAUUGGGUGGAGUGUGUUUGGCCGAAGCGCUUCCUUCUUGACUCAGUUUAAUUGUUGAAUCGCGAUGUGAAGAUCGAAAAUGGAAAAUGGGAGUCUCGCUGCAAUCAAUUUUGCUGGAGGAAGAAGAAACAAAAAUCUGAAUCGGACAGAAUAACUUCCAAAAAUCUCAUACUUACACAUCACACCCCCAUCUUAAUCUCUAUGACAAGUCAAGUUUCUGAAAUUACCAAAAGGACCCUGCAUUUAAAUAUUUAUUGUUUGUGGUUUUAAAAAAUAAAUUUUGUUUAAUAUUUGUGAACAAAAAAUGUAUGUAUAUUAAAAUAAAAUGAUUUAAUUAAA